CGGGCGGCGGCGGCGGGCGGCGCUCGCAGCCCCCCCGCGGCGGCGGCGGCGGGCGCGGCCCCGGAGGCGGCUCGGCGGCGGCUCGGCCGCGAUCCCUGCGGCAGCGGGCGGCGGGCGCUGCCGGCGGGCCAUGGGGACGAGGAGCCUCUGCCUCGGCGCCCUGGUGCUGCUGCUGCUGGCGGCGGCGGGGGCCGGGGAGCUGCGGAGCUGCGAGGAUGCCCGGAAAGUUUUCCAGCUGCGGCAGCUCGGCCCCGUCAGGGGCUUCCCGCAGACUCCGCGGGCAGGGGUUGAUCUCCAGGUUUGUUCUUCUAAAAACCCAACAUGCUGUACCAAAAAGAUGGAAGAAAGAUAUCAGACCGCAGCAAAGCAGGAUAUACAGCAAGUCCUGCAAACAUCAAGCGCUACAUUAAAAUUUUUAAUAUCUCGUAAUGCAGCUGCUUUUCAAGAAAUCUUUGAAAUGCUUAUCAAACUGGCUGAGAAUUACACAAGCACACUUUUCUGCAACACGUAUAGAAACAUGGCUAUUGACGCUGCUACACAUGUUCAGGAGUUUUUCACUGAUGUUGGGCUUUUCAUAUUUGGCACAGACAUUAGCACAGAGGAAUUUGUCAACAGAUUUUUUGACACCCUGUUCCCAAUAGUCUACAGUCACAUGAUUAACCCCGGUCUGACGGACGUUUCACUGGAGUAUGCCGAGUGCCUCCGAAUGGCAACAAGAGAGAUCAGGCCCUUUGGUAGCGUUCCCAAAAUAGUCACAAGACAAAUGGGAAGAUCCCUUUUGCCCAGCCGGACUUUCUUGCAGGCUCUGAAUUUGGGGAUCGAAGUGAUCAAUACAACAGAUCAUCUGCAUUUCUCUAAAGACUGCAGCAGAGCUCUGUUACGGAUGCAGUACUGCCCCCAUUGCCAAGGGCUGACUCUAAGUAAGCCGUGUAUGGGCUACUGCCUUAACGUCGUCCGAGGCUGCUUGGCUAACAUGGCAGAAGUCGAUCUGCACUGGCAGGGAUAUAUUCAGUCCCUGGAGGAGCUCUCAAGUGCCAUGCAUGGGACAUAUGACAUUGAGCAUGUGCUUUUAAACUUUCAUUCACUUGUUAAUGACGCUCUCAUACAAGCCCAUAUCAAUGGACCAGAAUUAUCUGAGCAGGUUAACAAGAUAUGUGGUCCUCCUGUAAGAAGGCCUACACGGUCACCAGGUUGCUCCUUUGAUCAGAACAAAGAUAAUCGAGGAUUGAAGAUGGUCUCAAGAGACAGUGAAGAAACCCUUGCCGACAGAAGAAAAGAAUUUAUCAGCCACCUCCGGCUCUACAGAGCUUUUUAUGGUGGCCUGGCUGAUCAGCUGUGUGCCAAUGAGUUAGCAGCCGCUGAUGGACUCCCAUGCUGGAAUGGAGAAGAUAUUGUAAGAAGCUACACUCAUCGUGUGGUUGGCAGUGGAAUCAAAGCUCAGUCUGGGAAUCCAGAAGUAAAAGUGAAAGGAACAGAUCCUCUAAUAAGUCAGAUUAUUGACAAGCUGAAACAUAUUAUUCAGCUGUUGCAGGGAAAAUCAUUUCCUAAAUAUGAUAAAUGGGAUCUACGACAAACAGGCAGUGGUGGAAGUGUGGAUGAACAGAUCAGUGGAGAUUGUGAUGAUGAAGAUGGCUGCGAAGGAUCAGGAAGUGGAGAAGUAAAAAGAGUCCUGAAAAUUACAGACUCAGGGAUGCCAGACAAGACGAACCUCAGUGACGUAAAGCAAAUCCAUCAAACCAGUGAUGGCAGCAUUUUAGACACAACUGGAGCAGGAUGUAUGACAAUGGCUGAUUAUAUGACAUUUAUGCUGAUUAGUUUGGUAACACUACUUCUCAGUCUUUGGUAACUGUGCAGCUCUGUCUUGAUAUAUGUGUCUCAUUGUCAUCUCUUUGUCCCCACUCACAAGCCUGGAAUAAGGGAUCUGGUGGAUAUAGCAAUAUUUAUGAAUGCUUGUGUAAUAUCAGCCUCUCUGAUCUUAGGCCUGAAUAUUAACAAAAUUGUUUGUGUAAUUGUCUGCUGUGCCCAGUCAAGUUCUGAAUAGCUCCAAGGACUGAGAUUCCAAUCUGUCUGGAGUGUUUAACCAUCCUCACAGCAAAUUUUUUUUUCUCAUUUUUAAAUAGAAUUUCCUUCAUUUGAAUUUGUGCCUAUGGCUUCUUGUCCCUUAACUGAGCACCACUGAGAAGAGUCUGGCUCCAUCUUCUUUACACCCUCCCUUCAGAUAUUUAUACACACUAAUAAGUUCCCUCUGAGCCUUCUCUACUCCAUGUUGAACAGUCCCAGUUCUCUCAGCCUCUUCUUGUAUGAGAGAUGCUCCAGUUCCUUAAUCAUCUUUGUGACACUUCGCUGGACUUGUUCCAUUAUGGCCAUGUCUUUCUUGUACUGGGGAGCCCAGAAAUGGACCCAGCGCUCCAGGUGUGGCCUCAUCAGGGCUGAGUAGAGGGGAUAGAUCACCUCCCUCAACCUGUUGGCAAUGUUCUGCUAUAAGGGCAAUUGCUUGCUCAUGGUCAACUUGUUGUCCAUUAGAACCCCCAGGUCUUUUUCUGCCAAACUGCUUUCCAGCUGGUUGGCCUCCAGCUUGUACUGGUGCAUGGUGUUAUUCCUGCCCAGGUGCAGGACUCUGCACUUCCUAUUAUUGAACUUCACAAGGUUCCUCCCUGCCUGUUUCCCCAGCCUGUCAAAGUCCCUCUGAAUGGCAGCACAGCCCGCUGGUGUAUCAGCCACUCCUCCCAGUUCGUGUCAUCACUGAACUUGCUGAGGGUGCAUUCGGUCCCAUCAUCCAAAUCGUUAAUGAAGACAUUAAACAGUACUGGCCCCAGUAUGAAUCCCUGGGUUAUACCACAAGUGACUGGCCUCCAGCUGGACUAUUGCUGCUGUCCAUAACCCUACAUAUAAUUGAUAUCAACUGUGGACACAAUUGCUCUACCCUUUGUGCGCCUAUCUUCAGAUAAGUGACCCCUGUAAAACAGAAAGUGUUGAAUUUGCCCUUCUCCCUUUCUCCAGGAGGGGGCGGGGGGGGGGAAGUCUACAGGGUAAACUGAGUUAAUUUUAGUAGAGAUUACUUUCCUAGUUUGGAAAAACUACAUAUUAAACACUACUUAUGUAUAUGCAGAUAUGCAGAUAUAACUGCACUUCAUUUAGAGAUAACAGCAAGGGUAGGAUUCAAUUCUGGAUUAAGAUACCUCAAUCUAUGUAUCUACAUAGAUCAGACAUUUACAUAUGUGCUAGAUGUCUAGGCUGUUGUUGCAGUCAGUAGAAAUACAGGGUAACAUUCAGUUGCCAAAACACAAGCAACUGGUUGAGUAAGGAAACCCACCUAGUCUCUAGCUACUGCAACAAAAAGGCUUAGUCUUCCUGUGGGCCACUGUACUGAGACCCUUGUCAACACAGUCAAUGAAGCCUAGUGAGUUAUUCAGCUAAUAUUAAAGCAAACAUCUAUGAACUCACUUGCCCAAAAUAAAUGUCUUGUGCUAUCAGAGAUUUCCUGGAUCCAAGACAUACUCAUGACACUGGCAUAUACGAUGCAGAACUUAUGGGAAAUUCCGGAAAGCUACUUAAAAGGGAGUCAUCUGGAGUGGCAGCUGGUGACUAGGUGGGAUAUCCUUGUGUAUAUCAAAUGGCACUAGACACAUAUGUGUGGGCAAGUGAACCAUACCACAGAUCUCCAUCAGUAAUACUGAGAGCUUGAAAACUUAGCCCACAUGUUGAUACAUAAAUACAACAUGAAUCCCAACUCAAGUGCUUACACUUUGUAAGCUGAUCCAAGCAAAAACGUUGCACAGUACUAAUGGGACAUUAUAUAUUGCUGUUAUAAGAUAUUAUGAUCAGAUUUGAUUGUUCUGCUGUGACUAAUUCCCAUGACAUUUUAACUAGGAAGUAUUUAAGAGUUUUGUGUGGUUAUUUCCCCUUUACAGUCCAUUGUAAGAGAACAAAGGAAUACACAACAUAAUACUGUGUAUACUCAUACUGUACCUAGAACUCUUCUUGGACUCCAGAAGCAAUUUUAUAUGAGACUAACAUCAAGAAGCAUAUGUAAAUAUUUUUAUUCCUGAAUGCAUGCAUUAGUCAGUAGUGCACACAGUAUAAGAUAGAGGUAAACAGCAAUAAUGUUUAAAAAAGCAACUAAACAUUCGUAAGAGCAAUCCUAUGCCCAGAUAAACAUCAUUAAUAGCCAUAUGUGCCAGUGCGUACAUUUUACUUGACCUCUUUUUUCUUUUGGAGGUUUUGUAAAUCAGUUCUUCAUAUUCACUUAUGUUGCUAUUCCAACAUACACUGAAAUUAUGAUGAAAUUCAGAGAAAGAAAAUCUGAUUUUAUCCUUUUCCUUUUUCAUACCAGCUCAAACCAGCAAUCCAUCUAGUCCACCCCCUUUUUUUCUAACAGUGAUGAGUCCCAGUCAUUUCAUGGGUAACUGAAAAAUGCUUUGAAUAGGAGCUUCAUAAAUGGAACAAAUUUUCCCCUAAUACCCUUUACUUAGAAUUCGAGUUAUAUCCUGAAGCACUUUGCUUCCAUUCCACAGUUUUCUGAGUUCUUUAAGCUGUUACUGAUGGAACCAGGUGUUCACAGUGAGUAUGGUUUAGUCUAUAGCACCUUGGAAACACAAGCUCUAUUUUCAAAUAAUGAUAGUAAUUAGGUCCCAAGGCCUCUUCACACAUAUACACGUUAUUAGUCUGUGUUGCACCUCAGUUUUUUCAUGGACUGCUUCCCUUAUUUUCUGUACCAAAUCUACAAAAGAUCUGUGACCCUUCUGCAGUGGAAAACUAGGUCUCUCCUUCUCAGACACUAGACAUGAAUAAUCUAGGUGUUGGGACACUUCAACAGGCAAUAUAAAUACAAUGAAAGCAAGUCUGGAGCUCCCACAGCCCCAGAAGCUGUGUGCCCUCAUUGACCCUCAUGUCUUAUCUAUCUCUAUGCAACAUCAUGGUCUAGACUUGUGGGUCUGCCAGGCUGCACCACAGGUCUUUCAUAACUUUGGACAUGUUAUAAAGAAUUACUCUUGAUUCUUAAAGAAUCGUAAGAAAUUGUUAAAUAUGCCUCAGAGCAAAGACAGGAAUUCACAGAGUUCAAGGAUGUUGUGGCAACUUGUGUCAGGCUAACCUUGGGGAGCUAGCAUUGCAAAAAUCUGUUGGGAAUCUGGCAGGAUGCUCAAGUGUAGCUCCAGGUAUGGCAAUGGAGAAAAAAAAUCCCUGAAACAUUGCCUGUCUUAAAGCCAACAAUAAAGUGAGGAAUAGUCGUUGGCAAGCACUGAGUAGGAAAAUGUUGAGCAUAGUAUGUAGAGUAUAUUAGAGAAGCUAGGAGCUGAGAAAGAAAAAAGGGCUGAACUGGAGAUCAUGACAGUACAGUGUAUACUCAUCCUUAUCAUACUAAAAUGGUGGGCCAUAUGCAGUAAAGAUGUGAGCCACACUGGGCCAGUUGCCUUGGGAUGCAGAUGUUACUCCCUGCAUACAGGCAGCACAGGACAGUCACUGAGCUCCAAAGAUCCCUAGGUAACCUGAGAAAUGGCCUCUGCGUUUAGGUCACUCUAAGUAUUUUCAAUUAUUUCAACUUAGUCCAAGACUUUUCUGUAACUCACAAAACUUUUGCUGAGUGACAUUUUCAAUUUGUUGUUUUCUUAAGCCCUUUAUAUAAUACCGCUGUUAGCGUUUAAAGUAGGGAUGCUAAAAAUCAUUUCUCACAUAGACAGCUUCUUCAAAUGCUAAACUUGGAAUGGAUAUCAACAUUACAGCUGUGUAUCUGGUCUCAGCACCAUAGAAAAGCUGUGAGCAGAAGGUAAGAAAGCCUUGUAGGGCAUAACUUUCUAGAGGAAAGUAUAGUUAUUUACUUGGAAAAAAGUAUUUUUCAUAAAUCCCUGAUACUUUUAGUUGAUAAUAUUGACCCAUUCUUCUUGGAUAUUCAUUUUAAUUUUCUUUAGAUGCACUUUUAUGUUUAAAUGUACUUGAUUACAAAAGAAGUAUUGAAGUACACUUUGGAUCAUAAAUCGUGUCAAAGCAAUUUAAAUAAAUAUUUUAAGGUGACAGCUUUCCUGAGUGUAGUUGGUGAAAGAGGACAAAAAGCAUUUAUCUCCUUAGGAAGCAAGUAUCAUUGUUACUUUACUGACUAAUAAGAGGUAAAGCAUAAGUGUGGUCAUAUAUCAGAUUCUCUCUGAUCAGAUUCUAUAACUAUAGAAAAAAUAUAUUUUUUUCUAUAUUUUCUAUAACUAUAGAAAAAAACUAUAUUUUUACAUAUUUAAUAAAAUAAUAUUCCUUUUCAGAUUAUAACCAGUUUCUGAUGAACCUAUUUAAGGUUUCAGAUUAAUCUUAGUGUUUCCAUACAUCUGAUCAGAAGCACAAUUAAAAUAGAAGAAAAAACUUUUAAGGGGCUGAUGCUGUCUGUGCUUAAUUUUUUUAAGUUCAUUUCUACUCUGAAGUCAUUGUCUAAGCAUCAAUCUUAUUCAGCAAAUGUUGCCAUUUAUGUGUGUUCUGAGUCAUAACUGAUGAUAACAGAAAAAAAAAAAAAGUUCUUUUUAACUCCAUUAGGCGAAAAAGCUAAUGCAGCCCUAGGAAAAGCCAGAUUCUGCUCUUGCAAAGCUGAGCAAGUUACUAAAAAAGUUCUAGCUACUGAUUCCUUCUUUCUGGUGAUGUGUGAAUAAAAGAAUAUGGCUUGACUUUCAGAUCCAGACAAAACUUGCAUAUCUGGCAGUUGGAAUUGUAUCCUUUACUUUAUUUGGGAACUUGUAAAUAUGAAAUGCCAGAGAUAAUACAGCUGGUACCCCCUGAACCUGUUUUUACCAGCUCAUGUUGAAGAGAAAUAACAUGCUGAGCUUCUGUGGUCAGGAGGUCUUGGUCGAUGCAUCUCAUCACUGCUGAUAGCAUGCAGUGCUGGGCCAGGAUUUCCCACUGUGCAUGCCUAAUUUAGGAGUGACAUCUAUUUUGCUCCAGGUUAGUCAGACAGCCUAAAUCUAUUGGUAGUCUCUUGAACUGAAGCCACAUGAACAUUUUUCUCAGAGGCAGUUUCUGGCUUCCCUGCUUUCCUCCAUGCCACCCACUCUCCUGCUUGUGUCGCUGGUGCAAGAGUACCAACCGCAUCAGGACCACACAGGGAAAUGUGCUGGGGUACUCCUGAUGCAGAGGACUUUGGGGAUCCAGUUCACCUUGCAUCUCUGCAAACAACAGCACUAGGAGAGCUGAGCAGGUGGCCGCAGCGCUCAUGGCAGUUCAGUCCCACAUUCAGUAGAAGGUGGGUGCAAUGUUAGUUACAGCAAAACAUUUUAACCACAUAACCAUAUAGUGCAAAAAAUUGCCUUCACAGUUGCACCUGUGCAAGGAUUCAUACUUCAGCAUCUAAAAUAUGACCAUUAAAAAGAUCAAAACAUAGUCUGAUUUUAUUUGUAUCACUCAACUUAACAUAGCAACACAUAUAAUCCAUACAUAAAGUAUUAUGACCAGUCUUUUUAGUGUCCUGGCAAAAGUGUACUGCCCAAUAAAUACAUUAGUAUACCUUACCGUGAGCCAUUUUCCCUUCUUUGAACCCUAGAGCUAUGUCUGUAGGGGACUGGUAUCAUAGAGUAGGAGAAAGCACUUUCCUGUUUACUUGUACGGUCUUUCAUUUAUUUCUACGUGCAGCCACCACCUUUGUACUGGCUGUUAAAAAUAUUUUUCAUGUCUGUUGCACAUUCCUGCUUUUUGGCAGCCAGAAGUGUUUGUGAAAUCCUUGUUGUUCACUUCUCAUUUUUAAAAAGAUCAGAGGUUUAGUCAAAUAAAGCAAAAUAUUUGAUACUAGUUCUUUGAUAAAGGUAAAGAGCAACAUGAUCCUGAAUAAUAAAUGCUGCUUGUCAUGUAUAUCUAUAUCUUUAGUAAGCUAUAAAAAAUACUUUAUCUGUACUUUCAAAGCAUCAGUAGGACUGAUAAUUAGUGCAUGGGCCAGGUCCUUCUUUUUUACAUUUGUGAUACUAUUGAAUUCCAUGGAUAUAGCUGAAAGCAUAGCUUGGCUUUGUAUUAUCUAUAUGCAAAACUGAAUUGAUAUGUUUAUUACAAUAAGAUUAUUUUUAGAUAGGUAUCACAUCAUUACAGAUAAUAACAAUUUGUAUUUCUCUGUUCUAAAAUGGUUAUAUGUAUACCAUGACAAAUAAAACUAUAAAAUUUA